GCUCUAGAGUUCCGGCAUGAAGCCGCCGCAGCGACAGCGGAAGGUCCCGGCCCGCUACCUAAGCGAGGCUGCCGGCCCUACUGCUUGGAGCCCCCGCGAGAUGCGACAUCUACUGAGACUUCUUGAGGCUCGGCGGGACCAGCCGGAGCCAAACGCCGCGGAGCUGGCCAAGGAGCUGCGGGGCCGCAGUGAGGCCGAGAUCUGCCGAUUUAUCCAGCAGCUCAAAGGCCGUGUGGUUCGUGAAGCCAUUCGAAAGGUGCACCCAGGUGGCCCAGAGGGACUAAGGCGACCAGAAGCUCAGCUUCCAGCCCCCAUAGAGGUAUGGAUGGAUCUUGCUGAGAAACUAACAGGCCCUCUGGAGGAAGCCCUGACUGCAGCUUUCUCCCAGGUGCUCACCAUUGCUGCUGCAGAACCGAUCAGCCUCCUGCACUCCAAGCCAAGCAAGCCCACGAAGGCCUGUGGAAAGCCACUGCUGUUCUUGAGUGCCCAAGGAGGGCAGAAGAAUCCUGGCCUUGAAGCCUCUGGGUCUGCCCCUGUAACUGCUGACUCCACUCCUGAGACCUCUGUUCCUGUCCCUAAGGCCUCUGAUCCCAACCCUGAGACCCUUGGCCUUGCCUCUGAGGUCACUGUCUCUGAUACCCCAACCAAAUCCCUGGCUGGCCCCUCCACAGAGAAAGACUGCACUGUGGACUUUGAGAAGAUCUACAAAUAUCUGUCCUUCUCCUCCAGAAAUGGCCAUGGCCCUGAGCUCUCAGCAGCUGAGUCAGCUGUGGUCCUUGACCUGAUCACGUCACUUCCGGAGGAGCUGUCCCAUCUGCCUUGCACAGCCCUGGUGGAACAUAUGACCAAAACAUAUGCUCGACUGAUGGCCCCCCAGACCUCUCUCCCUAGCGGGAAGAGCCCCAGGCUGGGGAAUGAAGAGAGAGAGACUGGCUCCCAGGAGCCCGAGGAGCCUGACCGAGCCAGUCCUCAGGCCUCUGAGCCCAUAGAACAGAGGCCGGCCUGGCAAGCAGUUGGGAUCUGCCCAUUGAACCCAUUCCUGGUACCCCUGGAGCUAUUGAGCCAGGUGCCCACCCCUGCGAGGUGAGGGAUACAGAAGACCAGAUGUGCUGACUUUGCUUGGAGCUUCAGUCCAACACAGCUGGUACUGGGUGGCCAUGACAAUGAUUGUGGAAGUCCCUGACAUGGUGUCCAGCCACAGGCUAAGUCUUCAGAUGUUGCACACACCAGCAGCCUCAGAAAGGGAAGUACAGUUGUCAUGAAUGAAGAUAAGGAACUCUGCACAAAGGCAGAAUUCCUGGACAGACAGACAGGGCUGGUUUCACUAGCCCAGUUGUGUGCCUUGUUGUCUGCUGUGGGUACCACAACAGCAUCAUCUCUUUCAUGGAUAUGCUCUCCUGAACCUGGGCUUGCAUUUGGAUUCCCCCCACCUCAACUGACCACCAUCCACUUCUCUUCACCUUUUCCUGGGGUGUCCUGUAACUCUCAAUAAAGCUGUCAUCUU